AUGAGAGAGAAAGUAGAGAGAUGGGAGAGAGAGGGUAAUGAAGGGCUCGAGACGAAAUACAGUGGGGAAGGUGAGUGGACUCCGGUGAGGCAUAAACGGCGUUUCGUUCAAAAGAACAAGUGGGAUAAUGUUCGCGGUGAUUCGGUGGUUGAUGGAGGAAGGAGCCAUGAUCGAAAAAUCACAUCUUUUUUCUUAUGUUCCUUUCCUGAGAGCUUUAGGGCUAGGGAUUUGUACGAGGUUUUUUCGCGGUUUGGAGCGGUGAAUGAAGUGGUUAUUCCGGCCAAAAGAGAUGUUAGAGGCAAGCGGUAUGGGUUUGUCCGCUUUUUCGAUGUGAAGGAUUCUCGGCUUCUUGGUUGUAAGCUUGAUAACAUUUUUUUGGAGGACAUCAAGCUUCAGGUAAAUAUUCCCAGAUUUGCUCGUUCUGUGAGCGGUUUGGAGAGAAAAGGAGAUCAGGUGAAGGAUGGUAGAGCCGGGGUAGUGUGA